AUGAAUCUUAACGAUACAAACAUAACAAGUGAUAUUCAACUUGUACAAGAACUACAACCGAUCUUGAAAAAAAAGUGUCAUGGUAAUCGUAGUGAUCAACGUUUUCGACAGAGCUGUCGUAAAAAAAACAUGGAUGAAACAACUAUAACACAAUUAAUUGAACAACGAAGAAAUGAUCGUAAGAGAAAUCCAACGGAUCAAGCGGCGAAUAACACUGAUAUUAAUAAACAAAAUAUGCAUACAAAAAUUUCAGAUAUAUCUAUGGGACAUGAACAAUCAUUAGAUAAGAAUGGAAAUCAAAGUAGAAUAAUAACAACGACAAUCGAAAAACCAAAUAAACGUAAAAGAGAUGCUCUACCAAAGGAGAAAACCUAUAAUGUUGCUAAAUCAUCGAGUCAGUUAUCAUUUUUUCAAACAUCUAUAAAGAAGAAGAAGAAAAACAAUAAGAAACAGAAGAAGAACAAUAAUAAUAAGAAGCAGAAGAGCAGAAUAUGGCGAAGCAAAAUUAAGAAAACUAUUAAAAAUAGGAAUCAUCGGCAAUCGGCUUAUUUAAAGGUAUCCUGGAACACACUAAUGAACAAUUUAAAAAUACAUCUAAAAAGUCCUCUUAAAAAACGAAAUGAGCAAAAAUUCGUCUAUGCACGAUUAUAUCUAUUCGACGAAGAAUUUACUUUAGAUCUUGAUCAAUAUUUAUGGAAAUCCUAUUUGGAUCUUGGAUCACAACAACAACAACAACAACAGCCAGAAGUUUGGCCAAGUGAAGUCUAUAGAAUGGCCAAAACCAAUGAACCUGAUUUAUGUAAACAAUAUAUUGUUGAAUAUUUGAAUGAGAUUAAAAUUCAUCUUGAUCUAUGUCGUAUUAAAUUAAAUACACAAGCUCAAUCAUGGAUAUCAACACUUCCUUCACUAGAAAUACUCGAUGACAAUCUUAAACAAUAUGUUCGUCUACAAAACAAACAUUUAUCAACAACAAUUGACAAGCAAUUAGCACGAUAUAAAAAUGUUCUAGAAGAAAAAAAAGUAUUACAACAAAUAUCGUUCUAUCUAACACCGAAUGAUCAGGUACUCAUGGAUGAAUUAAUCAAUUUACAACAAAUACAGAUACAACUUCUGGAAGAAUUUAAUAUGUUAGAACAACGAAUAAUUUGCAAAAUAUUACCUCCUAACGUCGAUUCUCUAGACCAUUUAAUUCAAUCUCAUCUGUAUACACCUUUGGUUCAUGAUACAACAUCUAUUGAAUUCAAAAUUCAAAGUGAUAGAAUUAUACAACAAAUAAAACGUACAUGGUUAAAUAUUUACUAUAAGGCUUAUGAAAUGAAGAUUCAAGAGUAUGAAAAACAAUACAAAGAAAAUCUACAUAUGUUUCAACUACGAUUUGAAUGUAAAAAUAAUAUCGAUCGAAUAUUUCGUCUCAAUUCAAUAAAAACUUAUUUAAAAAAUCGAAAACAAAGAAUGAUUGAACAGAUCUGUAUAAAUAUGUCAGGUUAUCGAAAAAAAUUACUAAACUAUCGUAAACGUUUAUCAAAAGCAAAGAAAACUAUAGACGUAUCUCCGAAACCAAUUUUCUAUCUAUUAUAUAAUCCUUUCAAUGAUCAGGAACAUGAAAAUCUUUGUAAAGGUCCGAAUUAUAUAAGAAUGAAUCAAAGUGCUGUUGUAUCCUAUAAAAAACGAAAACAGUUAACGAAGAAAGAACAUGAUAAAAUUAUUAAACAAUUGAAAGAUUACCUUGCUAUAUAUCAUCGUGUAGAUCGGACACUACCAAUUUAUGAUAUUUUUUCAGAAAAUCUUCAACAACGUCUCGACCUGCGUUAUAUGGCUCCGUUAUCAAUGUCUAGCCGAAUUCGUGCUCAACGAGAAAAAAAUAUUGUCCGAUCGAUUCAUCGCAAAUUGAAAAAAUACAAACAUCUUGUUCGUGUUACUGACAAAAGUGGCGUAUUUUGUGUUCUUCGUACUCAAGAUCAUGAACAGAAAGCACUUGAAUAUCGUGAAAAAACAAAAGCUUAUAAAGAAUUAUCUUCGAAUCCAUUUGAAGCGACAUUAAAUAAAGUUAUUCGAUUAC